CCAUUUCCUCUGAAAAAACCGACCACGGAGUAUGCAAGGAGCAUCCGUGGAGAGUGACUUUGCGGCGGCGGUGCUGUUCCUGCAGACGUACAAUGGUCCGCAUCGCAUCCUGCGGAACCCGACGUCAUCCGUGCGGCUGGACUUUAACGCGCUCUACCAGCAAGCCACAUUGGGAUCAUGCAGCGCAAUUGCACCGCCGCUCGAUGGAUCGUCGUCGGCGGACCUCAAUUCCUGGGCCAAGUGGAAAGCACUGGGGCAUUUGUCCAAGGAAGCUGCAAUGCAAACGUACAUUAAGACCAUGGACGAUCUGGUCGACAACUGGAGGCGAAGCCCGUCGUUCCGACAACCCAGCGGCACCCUAAUGUUACCACAAGGCGGGGGAUCGACCUCGCCAUCCGUACCACAGACCCUCAUCGAACGACUGCCGUCGUUGGUACAGGAAGUAGCCGACCUCAAAGCCAAGCUGCACUUCGACAGCCAACGGCACGACGAAUUGACGGGCUCGUUGCGCACCCUUUCGUACGACAUGAAAAGUACAUUUACGAGGGAACUGCGACAAGUGGACGUCCUCCGCACCGAAAUGCGCGACUCAGUCACGCGUCUCGACAAGCAACUCCAGCUACACCAGGCUGACGUGACCGCAUGUGUCGCCGCCAAUACAGCGUUACUACAUCGCGUGAACUCGUCUGUAGCUUUCCGAGCCGAACGAGCUGGAUGGGUCGUGUGGCAACGCCUAGUGACUUGGACUGGCUACUACCGUGUCACAUACAUCGGAGGAGCCUUGGCCGUCGUUCUGUUAGUCGUAUGGCGGAAUCUGUUGAAACGAAAACUGCCGCGGCCUGUCGCGGACGCGCUCAUUGCCGCCAUCUCGUACCUCGCUCGACGACCCAAAACGCAGCCCCCGUAAGAUAAUAAUAAUAAAACCCAAAAUAGAACAAUCAAAACAAG